CAACCCAUGAUCGCAGACUCAACGCGCAUCCUCACGCCACUGACCUGGGCUCAGCUGCGUCCUGCAUGUGUGUGCAUGUGCGCGCGUGUGUUGAGCGGGAGCGUGAGCGGUCCCCACGAACCAGCAGCGGGAUGGAGGAUCUCAAGGAGAACCUGGGAACUUUGGAUUGACGCCCGGGGAUAACGCGCCUGGUCGGCCCGAACGUCGUCGGGUCUCUCGUGGAUUUAUAUAUUUGGAUGUUGUCUGUUUCCCCCUUCUCCCCUUUUCAUCCAGGCGGUGGGAAUUUACACUUGGCUUACAACUCGUAUUUCUGGCGUGCGCAAUGCCGUUCGCCAAGCGGAUCGCGGAGCCGCAGCUCCUGUGCAGGCACCAGAUCCCCAACGACGAGGGUCUGCUUUUCGAGGACCUGUGUGCCAUCAGUAACGUGGUUCUGUCCCGGACCCUGCGACAGCUGUCCGACCUGGCCCGCCACGCCUGCUCCUUAUUUCAGGAGCUGGAGAACGACAUCAUCAGCACCAACCAGCGGGUCUGGGUCCUCCAGAACAAAAUAGGCCAGAUACAGCAGACUGCCGGAGCCCUAGACCCUAAAAAGGAGGCAGUGCCCGUGUCAAACCUGGAUAUCGAGAGCAAGCUGUCGCUUCACUAUCAGGCUCCAUGGCACCAGCAGCACAACGUGUUUCAUCCUUGUACCCGACCGCCGUGUCUGGAGGAGCUGCACAGGAGCGCUCAGCUCAGCCUCAGAGCCCUGCACCGAGACGAACAACAGCACCACCGCUCCACGAGUCGGGAGAGAAGCAGGGUGACCAUCUCCAUCUCAGUGGCCCCCCCUAUGCCCACCUUCCCCUCGCCACACAGCAUCCGCCGGCAGCAGAGGAGUCGCCUGGCGCGAGCGCAAGAGAGAGCAGAGAGGGAGCGAGAGUUAGACUAUCAGCCCAGGAAGGAGAGAGCGGUGAGAGAAACAGAGAUUCAGACCGUACAGAGAAAAGAGAGGCCAGGGAGAGAGGCAGAUACAAAGACGAUCCAAAGAAAGACUGUCCCCACGGGGGAAGGUGAAAAUGGCGAAGUGGUAGGAGGCCACAGAGCCAAGGCCUCAGCUUCCAUUGCCCCCUCGACCCAGGACAAGCAGACUAACUGGUCCAAGGAAAACCUCCCCCCAUCAAAUCAGAAGUCAACCAGCGAUUCUAACUCCAUCUCCUCCUGCAUUAUCCCCAUCAACGUCACAGGAGUUGGGUUUGACAGGGAAGCAAGUGCUCGUUGCUCUCUAGUCCAUUCCCAGUCGGUUCUUCAGAGGAGAAGGAAGCUGAGGAGGAGGAAGACUAUCACAGGGAUACCCAAAAGAGUACAACAGGACAUGGAUUCAGAUGAAUCACCCGUAGCAAGAGAGCGCACAGUGAUUGUCCAUGCCAACCCACACCAGCUCUCUCUCUGUCAGGAAGACCUCUUAAUCAGUGGUCGUCUCCAUCACACUCGUGACUCUGGCUGCCAAACAGAUGAUUUCCUUAUAGCAUGUACAGCUGCUCCCUCUAGAAGGCGCAUCAGAGCCCAACGUGGCCAUCAGGGGAUCCCCGCCUCCCUCUCCCAUUCAACGGGCAACAUUUCUUCCCUGGGUGACCAGUCAGAUUCCACGUACAAGAGUGCUGCAGCCCACUGCGGACGCUUGCGCUCUCGAAGCCUUCCUCGAGAAGGGGGACGUCUGAUGGACAGUGAUGAGGACGAUGAUGACAACUACGAUGAUGACGACGAAGACGAGGACAUGUCACCAUAUGAAGCAGAAGACUUUAUUCCACCUGGCCCAAGUCCGAGAAUGAAGAUGAUGAUGAUGAAGGAUGAAGAAGAGAGCACAGAUGACCAGGCAGCUCCCGAGCCACUGCAACUUGGAAGUCUAAAGAGGUUGCAGCGGUCUGGGGAGAGAGACAGAGGGUGUGGAGGAGGGAGCCCAGAGCACAGCUGGAUGGAGAGGGGCCGUUCUCGCUUACCCCGCAAGGCUGACAUGGGUAGUUGCGAGAUUUCGUCAAGUUCAGAUACUUUCAGCAGCCCCAUUCACUCUGUGUCCACAACAGGAGCCUUAGGCAGCCAUGUGGAUCACAAGGAGGACCACCAGUCGUCAAGCGGGAACUGGAGUGGUUCCAGCUCCACCUGCCCCUCGCAGACAUCUGAAACCAUCCCCCCGCCUUCUUCUCCACCACUUACAGGCUCAUCCCACUGCGACUCAGAGCUAUCGCUUAACACUGUGCCCAACGCCAUUGAUGAAGGAUUCUCCCUGGAUACCUCAUACCACUCAGACCUCAGACCCCAGGGCCAGGGCCACAGGUCAAGCUCGUUCACAUCGUCAGCCACAGACCAACUGGAUGAUGCUGGGGUUAGCACAGCCAGUGAAGGGGAGUGGACAUACCCUCCAGACCAAGACCAGAUGGAUCCGGACCAAGACCCUGACCAAGCCCAGAAUAUGAGCCGGAGACAUGGGUUAGUGCAAGAGUACAGCUCCAAACAAGGCCUACAAGACCAAACCUGUUUUAGUGACAAAACCAGCAACACCGAAAAAGAGUCUGUCUCUCACUACCCAUCUGAUACAGAGGGUUUCUACUCCUCUUCUCUGCAUUAUGGGGAGUGUAGUCAGAGUUACAGAGGAUACAUGUAUAACUAUGCAGACCCAGGGCCGGACUGUGGCCAAUCAAACACUGUGGCAGCACCACAAUUCAAUGGAGUUUAUCCCCAGCCAUUAACUGUCUUCAGAGCUGGUACUAUGACUCUGGGGAGGACAUGUCGUCCACUGAGAAAACAAAAAGUCAAACCUCCCCCACCUAAACGGACCUCCUCGCUGAAGGAUGCCUGCAGCGGUAUUGAUGUUGGAACGGACACACACGCAGAUCUGGAUCGACCAAAGAUGGUUAGUGAACAAGACCGUUCCUUGUCUUCCACAGAUAUGAAGCUGGAACUAGAGCUUGAACUUGGAGGUGCCCCAGAACCAUUACAGACAUCUUGUCUAGUGGCAGAGCCGAUAGGAACGUGGGGAAGGGGACUGGGUGAAACUGUGGACAUAGUAGAGCCCAUGUCCUUCAGCUCUGCGGAUACACACUCAUUUAAGGAUGAAGGUGCUGUGCAAUCUGACUAUGCAGACCUGUGGCUUCACAACACUGAGCUAAAGUCCAACAAUGGUGAGUACACAACCAUGUCCAACUCAAGCACAGCCACAGGCACUACUGUCAUGGAGUGUAUCAAGUCACCAGACAGCUCGUCCUCUUCCACAGAAGCCCAAACCCAGGCAAAUGCUCAGGCUGCAGAGACCAGGGCAACUAGUCCCCCCCUUCCACCUGGAGACUUCAAACUUGGGUCACCUGAGAAGCUGGCCGGCCUGGCCUCCCCAUCAAGUGGCUACUCCAGCCAAUCAGAGACUCCAACGUCAACUUUGCCCUCAUCGUCGGCAGCCUUCUUCCCAGGACCAGUGUCUCCCUCAACUGGCAAGAGAAAGCCCAAAGUGCCCGAGAGGAAGUCGUCUCUCUCUUCCCUUCAGCACUUCCCCAGGGAUGUACCUUGUAUUUCGUCUGGCUAUAAGAGAGACCCAGACUUCCCACCUCCACCUUCUCAACUUGAUCUCAAUGUUCUUCAUGGUGGUUAUGUCCGACACACGUUAUCCCACCGAACGCACCACAUGCACACGCUCCACCACAGCAAACACAGAGUUGGAAAUGUUAUAGCUACUGGAACCAAGCUGUCGGUCCCUGAGUCAUCAAAUACCCACCCACCGCCAAGUACACACUCUGCCCUGACAAUUCCCAGCCCCAAUCUAUUGGUAAUAACUCCAUCUGCUCUUCGUUCAGUGCAGCUCCAUCCUAUUAGCAAAUCAAGAAAUAGUGCUACCAAGGCAGAGCAUGAAACUGCAAGUGGAACAGAGACCACAACAAGACCCAAAUGUCCUCCUAGUGGUGCCACGUUGGCUCCGCCACCGAUCAACACAAGGCCUCUUCCUCCGCGCAGACCACCACCCAGACCCCCAGCACAUGACCACAUGGCCUCCCCUGAACACUCGCAACCACCUCCGCCUGGCCGCCAUCCUGAUGGGCCUCCAUCCUAUGAAAGCCUCCUACUCAGAAAGGACCGCUAUGGACCUGGAACCUUCUGGGCUAUGACGGCCUUCAGAACACGGAUGGAUCCAUCAUCAGAAAUCUCUGAGGACGUCUCACCCCUGCAUCGGCCAGUGCCACGUGCUCCCCAUCCUUCGCCUGUGGAUCUACACACACAUAUCCACUCGCACACAGAAUUCAGAGGGCUCACGCACUCAUCUCAUGCACACCCUGAGUUUAGGGUUUUGGGGGAGCGUUCGUUCUCCCAGGACGAUGACGAUGAUGAUGAAGACGAUGAGGAGGAAGAGGACGAGCAGGUGAAAGAGUCCACAAGGGCUGCAUGUUCCAGAGGAGGCUUACGGUCCAACCAUCCUCCGCCCCCAGCGUAUGAAUAUGCUGGAAUAUCCCACUCAGACUCAGGGCCCUGGGCUAGUCCAGUCAAAGUGCCUGGUACUAAAAUAAGGACAUCGCAUCCUUACCUAAUCAGCGAUGCACGGAGAGGAGGAUAUAACGAACAGGAAGAGGAGGAAGUGACAUCAGGUGCUACCAGAAGUGCCCAUCAGCAGCAGCCACAAGAGAGCAAAGAUGAUUCCACCACUCCUGAUACUGAAGAUUACUUCAGUAAAGGAAUGUCUUGUACUACAGAUUCCACUCCCAGUGAUAAUUCACUCUCCCCUCUGAUGGAUGACACCAAAGUGGACGAUGACAUCAUAAUCACAUCACCCAACAAGACCCGUACAACAGAAGACCUGUUUGCCAUGAUACACAGAUCAAAAAGAAAGGUCCUGGGCCGUAAAGAUUCAGGGGACUUAAACGCAAAGUCUCGUCUCUGCGCCGCAGUACCAGUGACUCCUGUGUCCGCCGUCAUUAUCCCACCAGCCCCCCCUCUCAACAUCCCAGCCCCCAUAGUCCCUGCUGCCGCGACACAGCGAGCUCCUGUGCCAAUCUACCGCAGCGCCAAGAAAUCCAGCACGUCUAACGAGGAGUUUAAACUCCUGUUGCUGAAGAAAGGUAGCAGGUCCGAUUCCAGCUACCGCAUGUCAGCCACAGAGAUUCUGAAGAGCCCCAUUGCCCCUAAAACCCCUGGGGAUCCCCUUCAGGAGGGGGCCAUUAGACAGGCUGAGGAGAUACCAUUUACACUCCAAGAGCCACCGAUUUCUGGCUUUGACCCAAUCCAGAUACCGGGCCUUUUUCCCAGAGCCAACUCGGAGAGUUUCAGCGCCAAAACCAUGCCUAUGUCUGCUGCAUCUCGACAGGGACGUUCUCGGAUCCCCCCUGUAGCUAACAGCAGUCGCUAUAGUACAAGGAGCCGCCUCUACACGGCCCCCAUGCAAGCCAUUUCUGAAGGGGAGACAGAGAACUCGGAUGGGAGCCCCCAUGAUGACAGAUCAUCCUAAAACCACCUGAUGAGAGAUGUCUUCUAUUCUCAGCUGAGUCCUCUCUUGGAUUGGCAUGUCAUCAUGGCCAAUAGUGUAAUUCUUCUGACACACAAAAUCUGACUGUUAUUAAAAUGCACCCGGUUUUGGAUCUAGUGUUGUAUUUAAGGCUGUCGAACAUUGUUACAGAGGAUAUACUUUAAUACUGUCGUGUCGAAUGAGUAUCUCCCACAUAGUUAAAAGAGACGGACUUAAGACCUAUUUUGAUUGAACUGUUUAAAAAAAUGUAGGAAAAAAAGAUGUCCCAAAUAUUUGGUAAAUUAUAAGAAAAUCAAUUUUGUUGAGUAUGGACAACGUGUGUGUGCAUGAACGAGCACAUGCAGCAUCCACUGAUGAUUUCUAAUUCUUGUGUUUUGACCGGCGUGGGUGUGAGUGUGUUACCGCAGAACUGCUUUCUUUUUUAAAUGAAAAAUUAUUGUGAAAUUUAAUAUUAUUGUGGUGCCGAAAUUAAUGGUCAGACUUUUCAGAGUCCAUCCUCAAUAUUCCUGCCAACCAGCAAGGUUUGUUUCCUUGUGGAAGUUACUAACAACAGAGCACCAACCCAUCUAUUAUAUUUCCAUCUGCAGACCUGGCAUAGAGUAUAUCAUACAGAGCCAAUCAUAUAUUUCUUCACAUUAAUUAUAUCCAAAAAGAUGACAUGAUGCAUGUAUUUUUGUAAAACUGCGCCUCAGAACAUGAUGAUAAAGUUUCACCAUGUUGCAUGACCCUAUAUGGAAACAUCCCCUCAAUCCUGGCUUCUGUCCACAUUUCUGCGUUUCCUUUGUAUUAUAAGCAUAAUUAAUCUUUCACUGUGAAAGGUUUUAGAGACAUUUGUAUUACAUUGCCAGUGAUCUAGAUUGAUUUGUCUUGGAUUUGAGUGUCUAACAAGAAGGAAAAAGGGCUUGCACCUAGAUGGGGCCUAUUGGUCAGCUAGAUACAGGCUCAUUUUGGACAAUCGCACAGUGGCCUUUCUGUACUAGUUGUGAGCAGGGCAUUUAUAAGUCCCUGCACAUGUACGUGGGCACACGCCAUGUUCCACCGUGAUUCAAUCACAUACUUAUCUAAACCCAACCUUGAAAUCAAGUAUGUUUAGACUGAUUAAAGCUUUUCCAGCUGCUGGCCAGUGUUGCUGUGCUGACUUGGCGGGGGAAGAGGUGCAUUUCAAAGCAGACACCAUUGAGUGCAGACGGUGAAAAUGCUUUAGAUGGUCCUCAAUCGGGUUUGACAAGAGGUUCAGUUGGACACUUCUCCAAGAACCAACCUCGCUUUUGCACUUCAUGACUCUUAAAGAAUAUUCCUUGAAAAGAAGAUAUAUCUUAUAAAUCAAAUUGCAUAUGUAUAUUUGUACUGGAUAUUAAAAAAAAGUCAUAUCUAUAUAAAAACAACAUGACGGAAUUUUAUAGGGAAUUAACCUGAGUGUAGCAUAGAAGAACAGGUCUCACUGACAACAUCAAACAUGACUCUCAACAUUGCACACUUUUCUCCUCUCCUUGUUGCCUCUCCUUCAUUUGCACUGACCCAGUAGCAUUAGACAGGCGAAAAAGCUCAACCAUAUCAUAUCACUAACUGUGAAAGAGAGGAAACAAGAGGAGGAAAGGACCUCAUACCGCCAACAUGUCAAAGCCAGCAAUGCAUCCGAUGCAAUGCUGCUGCCUUUUCCCUCCAACACCAGGGUUUGAUUAUAGAAAUCUUUCCCGUUCAUCCAAUAAAUGUAUCCCACUUAAAACAUCCAGCUGUGUGACGGAAGCAAACUGUCAUCUGAGGAAAGUUUCAACUCUCACCGGUUUAUCAAAGCAAACACAUAACGUCUUACAUUCAGAGGCCGUACUUCAGUAGAAACCAUUUACUGUAUUCUGUGAAUACCUCAGCAAGCAUAUUACUGUUUUAUUGUAAAUGCUACGGACAUAGAUAGAAAGAGAUGGAGAUAGAUGGAUAGAUAGAUAGAUAGAUAGAUCAAUAAAUAUAUAGUAUGGGUUGACUGCUAGAUAGAUAGAUAGAUAGAUAGAUAGAUAGAUAGAUAGAUAGAUAGAUAGAUAGAUAGAUAGAUAGAUAGAAAAAACCCACAACUGUUUGAUACUCAGCGAAACUGACUAGCAGAACUGACACUGUGUAAGAUGGAGAGGGUAAAAAGCUGUGAAACGAUUACUAGCAUUUUACAUCCUUCAUACCCGUACUGCUUAAGCGCACUCGUUCCUGUUCAUUGUUUUAUUUGUUGUGUUUUCUAUCGCAUGCAAUAAGUGAAGAAAAAAAAGAAGAAGAAAAGAAAAAGGACACCAUCAUAUCAUUAUUUUUAUCUGAGGGAUGUCUCCAUACCACAAGAAAAGAUUUUGUAUUUUCCGUUCAAAUGUUGAAGUUCAAUAGUGUGUUCUCUAGAUGUACAAACUGUCUGGCUAAUUCUGUUCUGUAUAGUCGUGAUCACAAACAGGGGUUUAUCUUGUACUGUAUAUCUACUCACUGGACAAUCAUAGGUAUAAGAGACUGUAAAGAAAAUAAUGAUACAGAAUCUGUCGGGAUGGAGAAUCUGAACACUUGGUGCUGGGUUCUAGUCUUGCUGGAGCUGAGGAAGUUGGGAGUGAGAGAAAUAUCUUCCAGGAGAAACUGCUGAUAUCAGUUAUAAGGUGCAUCUCAACAAACCGCUUUAGAAACAAGAUGUACAUGUUAAAAAAAAAUGGUAAUGGGGGAAAAAAACGAUCCAUUCAUAGCCCCAAAAACGUUUGAUCCAAUCAGGAAGUCAUAGCUGAAUUUUAGAUUCCCGCAAAACAUCCUAACCGAAUUGUUAUAAAUAAGGAAUGAGUAUGGUUGAUACUCAUAGCAGCAUUUUAUGCCAAAUGCAAUGUGGCUGUGAAAUGCUAAUCAAAAGUUUAAAAACUAAAGUAGCCGACUUGUUUAGCGUGAUUUUUCCAUACUGUACUCGGUACUGAUGCUAUAGAAGUAUUUUAACACUGUUUCCUAUAUUUGUAACAGCAGUGGAGAGAUAAUUUAUUGACACAAUUUGGCUAGAAAGACAAACUAAGAGGUUGCCACGCAGUCCCAUUAACAUUCAUUCACUGUCUCAAACCUCAGUCCUCAAUAGCUUGGGAACAAUACAAGAAUCCAUAAAUUGUAUAGAUUCUAAGUCCCAACUUGUUUUCAAAUGUCUACUUGCAAUUUUGCGCUGAAAGAGCAGUGUGACAGCAACCACUAGGUGUUUUUUCUCAGAAGUGUACAGUGUAGAAUAACACUAAAGCAGACUUCAAAAUAUGUGACAGAGAACUGAAAAAAUGACAUAGUGCAACUAUAUCUAUUUAAAAGAGGCUCCAUGUUUGAAACUAGCUAGGACUUAACAGAUUUGAAUCACUUUUGUAUUUUUGUAUAAACCUGUAAAUACGUUUUUAAAGAAAAAAAAUGUUUCCAAUUUUUUCUUUUGUAAAAUAAAUCAACAAAAUAAUAAAAAGUAAAAAGUUUUUUUUUUUUCAAAGUUUACAUCAUUAUUUCCAAGCCUUUGUAUAUUUUGGAGCUACAACAGCUUCAGUCUUGUAUUAAUUUAUUUUUUGGGGGUGGGGUUACAACAUGUGAAAAUUCCAUUCUUCUAUAUCUAAUUCAUUUUAACAGCUCAUCAGGCUGCUUAGUAACUGUGCAUAGAAAAAAAGCCAAUAAAUGUGAUUGCGUUGAAACAGAA